AGUCAGCUCGGGGCGGCGGUGGCUGGGCUAGCCCGUGUGUGUGUGAAAGUGUGUGUGCGCGUGAGUCUGAAGGGUUUCAGUGGAGAUGCAGAAAGAAAGGGCUGUUUCGAGGAAGUGACGGACGACGCUCGGAAGGCUGGUCAGAGGAAGUUUGCCCGGUAAUGGCUCCGUGCUGCUGAGCGAAACUUUUCCCUCUCGCGAGCAGCGGAAGCAUCGUGGAUCGGGACAGAUCCAGCGGCGGAGGAAGAGGCUUUUGUUUGGUUUCGCCGUUCCGAGGAAUAACUUGAGUCUGGGAGAAGGAGCGGGUCGCAGAGGAAUUUCACCCCCCAUAACCAAUCUCCCCCCUUCCCUCCCCCCCUGUAUCCCCCCGCGCCUCGGAUAUUUUCCCUGGGAUUAGCAAUGGGGAAGGAGCAGGAGCUCCUAGACGCGGCGCGCACCGGGAACCUGGCCGCGGUGGAGAAGCUUUUGUCCGGGAAGCGACAGUCCACCGGCGGCUCGUCUGGGACCGCUGGAAGCGGCACCGGCGGCGGCCACGGCGCCUCCUCUCACCCGCUCUCCAGCCUCCUCAGCAUCUGGAGAGGACCGAAUGUGAACUGUGUGGACAACUCUGGAUACACCCCUCUGCACCACGCCGCUCUUAAUGGACACAGCGACGUGGUGGAGGCGCUGCUACGGAACGAGGCCUUGACCAACAUUGCAGACAACAAGGGCUGCUACCCUCUGCACCUGGCUGCGUGGAAGGGAGACGAGCAGAUCGUGAAACUCCUCGUUCACCAAGGACCUUCUCACCCCAAACUCAACGAGCAGAGCUCUGUAGACCAUAAAGAGUUCAAACGCUGUGGGCCCUUUGACCCCUAUAUUAAUGCCAAGAACAACGACAACGAGACCCCUCUGCACUGUGCUGCCCAGUACGGCCACACACGGGUGGUGCGACUCCUGCUGGAUGAGCUGACCGACCCCACCAUGAGGAACAACAAGUUUGAGACCCCCCUGGACCUGGCUGCACUGUAUGGUCGACUGGAAGUGGUGAAGUUGCUGCUGAGUGCUCACCCCAAUCUACUCCACUGCAAUGCCAAGAAACACACCCCACUCCACCUGGCCUCUAGGAACGGACACCUGUCUGUGGUGGAGGUGCUUCUGGGCGCUGGCAUGGACAUCAACUAUGAGACGGAGAAAGGCAGCGCCCUCCAUGAAGCAGCCCUGUUUGGGAAGACUGACGUGGUCCAGAAACUUCUCAGUAAAGGCAUUGAUGUAAAUAUCCUCGACCAGAAGGGUCUGACGGCGCUGGACAUCGUCAAAGACAUGCCCUCCCAGAAGAGCAGAGAAAUAGCUGCUCUCAUUCUUGGUCACAUGACUGGAAAACACCCCAUUAUCAACCUUCCUCCUCCACCCAUCCCUCCUCCUCAGGAGAGUCCCAGUCCACGGAGGAAGGGUGAACUGGACAAGGUGACAGAGCUGAUCUCAGGUCUGGCCCCGGACCCCGAGGAGGAGAGUCCAUACGAAGCUCUGUUCGAAGCCACUUCCUGCCACUCUUUGGACAGCCUCACCAGUGGGAAGUCCUCAGACAGAGACUCAGGACGGCCUGAUAGUGAAGUUGGAAAGAAAGAUCGCGCUGGCCAACCGGCACACUCUGGUCACUGCCAUGAUGAGGAGCUGAGCUCAGAGGUCCACUAUACGAGUAGCGGUACUGAUAAAAGAGAAGUAGUUGAGGAAGAGGAGGAUCACACAUACGAGUUGUUGCUGACGGCACAAACCAAAGUCCCACCGCCCAGCCACGAGUCCCAGUCCAAUAAAGAUGUGAACGCCACCUCACAGUCCUCCAGCAGCAGCAUCCUACCUCAGCGCAAACCCUCUGCCCCUCCUAACGACCUGAGAGCCUCAAAUAGGAUGAGAGAGAGUCUCCACCCUCCUGGACGACUGGGAUCCCGAGCACCAACAGAUAACUCUCAGCUCAAUCAGGAUCAGGGAGCAGGGGUCCCGGAGCAGUUCACCGGCCUCUUGCACGGAUCCUCUCCUGUCAUCGACUCCUUCAGACUCCCCGGUGUUCUGCCUCCGACCCAAGCUCAGCCUGGAACAAAGAAAUCCACCAAAGCAAAAGAGGAAGUAUCAGCUGUUCCAGCGCCGUCUAACCAAACCAGCAUGGCCGCCAUCCUGACAGACUGUGAUCCAAAGGCAAUUUACGCCACCGUGAACAAGGAGCCAAGAGACUCAGGGGCAGGAGUUAGGAUGCGCCCUCCCGGGGACCUGAAGCUGGCACGUAGCCUCUCCAAGUCUGACUCCGACUUGCUGGUGUCGCCUCCUGGUGAGGAGGAGGGGGGACUAGGAAACCGGAGCGAGUCCGUUUCUAACUGUAGCACCGGGAAGAAGAGGCUGGAGAAAUCUCCAUCCUUCACCUCAGAAUGGGAUGAGCAGAUUCAGACGACAUCUCCUUCCCCAAAACAUCGAAGAUCUAAGAGCAUUGAGAAGAUCAUGACCCUGAUCGGAGCUGGCAUCGAGUCUUCCAGAGAUCAGCAGUACUCCACGCCAGGUGGUGCGAGCCGGCUCCUGGAUCAGCCUGUGGGAGAUUGGCUGGAGCACGUGGGGCUGCCGCAGUACGAGAGCAAGCUGCUCCUGAAUGGCUUUGAUGAUCUUCACUACAUGGGGAGCAACGUAAUGGAGGACCAAGACUUGCGAGAGAUUGGAAUUACAGAUCUGAGCCACAGGAAGAAGAUCCUGCACGCAGCGCGCCCUCUACCAAAGAUAAAAGCUCUGGGAUGUGACGGCAGCAGCUCCCUGUCCUCCUGGCUGGAGAACCUGGGUCUACACGAAUACUUGCACAACUUCCUGUCCAGCGGCUACCGCAGCCUGGAGUGUGUGAAGACCCUGUGGGAGCUGGAGAUUGUCAACGUGCUAAAAAUCACCUUGCUCGGUCACCGGAAACGCAUCAUUGCCUCACUAGCGGAGCGGCCCUAUGAGGAACCUCCUGUCAAGCCUCCCCGCUUGUCUCAGAUUAGGUGCUACGACCUGCCUGGAUCCCAGACCUCGUCUCCUCUGAGCCAGAUGGAGUCCUGCACGGGACGCUCCAUGGACCAUCUGCUGCCCGCAGGAGAGCCGUGCAGAAAGAAGGUGCCAGAAGCUGAUUACGACGUCACCCAGAGAUCCAGCAGCGGACGGCACCGGCCCCAGGAGCGGCAUGAAGAGAUGCACCAAGAGCCGCGUCUGACGCUGCGACCGCCGAGUUUAGCAGCACCGUACGCUCCGGUCCAGAACUGGCAUCACCAACCUGAGAAACUCAUAUUUGAAUGUUGUGCCUACGAAGCCAGCUACCUUGGUUCUAUGCUCAUUAAGGAUCUGAGGGGAACUGAGUCCACGCAGGAUGCUUGUGCUAAAAUGAGGAGGUCAACAGAGCAAAUGAGAAAAGUCCCAACCAUCGUCCUCUCCAUCACCUAUAAGGGAGUGAAGUUUAUAGAUGCAGCCAACAAGAACAUCAUUGCCGAGCAUGAGAUCCGAAACAUAUCUUGUGCAGCUCAGGACCUGGAGGACUUGUGUACAUUCGCCUACAUUACUAAAGACCUGCAGACUAGCCAUCAUUACUGCCAUGUCUUCAGCACAGUAGACGUGAACCUGACCUAUGAGAUCAUACUGACCCUGGGUCAGGCGUUUGAGGUGGCCUAUCAGCUUGCUCUGCAGGCCCAAAGGACCAAACAGCACCAGAAUCUCCCCGGAGGGGCCAGCUCCGAGGCAGCUGAGAACAAGUCCAGUCGACCUGUGCCCAAACCACGGGGGAGUGUUCGGAAGCCUGGGGGGGACAUAGUGGACCAAGAGGGCGGCUCUCAGGCCAGUGCCGCAUGGCUCACGGACUCUAAGGAAUCCAAGCGCACCAUCAGCACUAAGUAUGAGACCACCAUAUUUUGAACCCUCCUGGGCCUGGUCUCACUUUUCCUGCUUCCCUUCCUCCUGUGUGCCUUUCACUGUGACUUAACCUCUUCCUGUGCACCGAACACCCACUUCCUCUGUCCCGACUUCACUGCCGGUGCUCCUCUACCACGUUUGACCAGUGGCACCUUCCACCUCGCCGGAUUGCUCUACAAGCCUUCCACUAACCUACAACCUCCUCCUGCCUUCCCCUCUCGCCCUCCCUCACUGCUACCCUUUAAACUGUUAUCUCUAGUAAAUCAGCUCUUUCUUUCCUGCUGCAUCAGGCGACGGCCGCUCUGAGGCUGGUCACUCUUGUCGCCUCCUCUGAGCGCUGAUUAACUCCCAGCGAAAGCCACCCGCUGCACCCCACCUGCUCCCGAACAAAGCUCCCGUGACUCCGCGUCAGCGGGAUGCAGCUGUUCUAGAGAUUACAUACAGGAGAGCCACACUGGUCUCAGAUCGUAGCACUGUGACGAGGACCUUUUUACUUCUCCAGACAGUUGAGAGCCCAGGUUGUCCUAAAACAUCUCAUUUGUCCACCAGGGGAAUUGUCCAGCAUGAUUCUACGAUGUACUGACUCUUAUGAAGCACUUUUGUCCAAAUCCAAGCUUGUAAUAAUUGUAUUUCCUCUGUCCUGUCAUUCUUUUUUUUAAUAAGAAAUGCCUUCAGUAUUCAUCCCGUCAUCAUUGCCUUUCUCUUUUUUUUUUGUGUGUAAAUGAUUCCAGGUUAAUGUUUGACAGCUGCUGGUAAAACGCUCCUCGUGUGCAGGAGCAUCGGUUUAUUAACCUCCCUGCUUUGUGUGUGUGCGUGUUCCCUCCCUGCAGCUGAACUCUGCUCCUGUUCAGAAACACAAGACCAGAAUGAGCCCUGUUUCAUGGCACGGGGGCUCCAUUUUUUUGCUGUCAUUGUUGGAAAGGUGACCCACUUCUAACGCAGCAGAUCACACCAUCAGUCGGAUCGCGUUUGCAGCUGCACACGGGAUCCUGGAGACAAAAGCCACUCCUCCUCCUCCUCACCAGUGUGAUGUCUCCAUGUGAUACGAAUCAGAUGUCAAGUAUUUUUUGUGCAUUUGCCUAAAAAAACUAAGUUGUGGCCUCCUUCGCAAGAGGGUACGUGUUCACUGUUAUGUAGCUCGCAGGUUUUACUGGAGAUCGUAGAAGAGGAACCGGUACGAAACAGGAAGCUCACACCGUAGCUCCGUCCCCUGUUCAAACAUAAUGACGUCAGCUCAGUGUAAUCCUGCAUGAGAGGACGUUUUUAACCAAACGUUUCACUACACCGCCCAUGUGAAAUCCCAGGUUAUGUUAGGUUUUUCAGAUUAAAUAGCGACGUGUGUCCUAAUGCUGGAGCUGGAUGUUUCUCUGACGAAUAUUCUUGUAUUUGGUUAAAUUACAGCGUGAGGAUUUAGCUGCGUGCCACUCCCAGUUCACUGACUGCUGACGGUACUGUUUGUUUGGGUACUACUUAGAUCCGUUUUGAUUUAACUCGUGUAAACGCGGUACGUUGUCUGGCCGGUACAAGAACACGCCGGCGUCCGCGCCUUCAGCCUGGUGCUGUUCUGCUUUUGCACAUCACUGAGGAUCAGGAGACAUUUUGGGACUAAUCUGAUUACAACUACAAUGAGAUCCAUAUUGUAAAUGAAUUGAGCCGUCUGUAUUUUGAUACUUGAAUGAUUUUUGCUUUUAUAUAGAUAUAAAUAUAUAUAAAUAUGUAUGUAUGUACGUAUAUAAUUCUUGACGUUUGUCAAGAUGGAGAAAAAAGGACUGUCUUUUACACAGAAACAUAUCGGGACUGAAAACCCUGUGGUUUAAAAAAAAAGGCUGAGAAAAUCACACAGAAGAGGAACCUCAUUUCAGAUAAAAGAUUGUAAAUAAUCUCGGGCUUCCGUCUUUUUUAAUGAUUAUUUUUCAUAAAUGUGCAACUAAUAAAUGUCGGCCUGAGAAAC